CCGGCUUUUUGCAUGACCCGCAGCUGAAAUGGCUGAAAUUCUUUGCCCUCAACCACAAUCACAGCAACAGGAGAGCAUCUACCACUGGCUGCCCACCAGGGACGAAGAGCCCACCAAGCCCCCGUUAAGGUACAUCUCCACCUUCCGGUCGUUCAUCCAACAGGAAAUGGAAGAGAAGAGGAAGGCGCCAUGCCAAACCAUGGGCAUCCCGAAGCUGCAAGUGCCCAGCCCAAAGGAGUAUCUCCGGAAACACUCCAAGGAGCAGAGGGUCCCCAAAUGCACGUAUGAGCGUAAAAAGAGGCUCCCCGGCAAAGCCCAGCUGCCUCCUCAGUCCGACCGGCCACUGAUGGGCAUCCAGAGUGAGAAGAACUUUGUCACAGCCAACGUGGCCGAGACCAUCAUGACCGUGGCCAAGAAGCCCCUUCGUGCCUGCGUGGACCAGCGAAGGGGAGACAAGUUCCUGCUGGAUGGAUCCGGCUUGGUCCAGAGGUUCCUCAAGAAGAAGGACUUUGGGGUGACCCCCAAAUACAUCCAAAGGCGGAAAAAAGAAGCUGUGGACGUGCGCAAAGAGCGAGUGGCCGCUCGGCGGGACUGCCUGCAGAAGAGACGGCUGACCCGCCUCUCCUCCCGUGAACGGGAGAACAUUUUGGAUGGUCUGAAGAAUAACUGGGAGGAACUCAACAAGGACUUCCAGAGCCUCUCCGUGGAGAUUACCACCAUCCCACAGAGGCUCCGCAAGGAGAAGUUGGAGACGGAGAUGAAACAGCUGGAACACGACAUCAGCGCCCUGGAGAAACAUCGGUUCAUCUACAUUGCUGGUGAAUAG